GCGCACAGCAGUUGUUCUUGAUUUCAAGAUGGCGGAUGUUUUGCUGCAUUUUGUCAAGAAUGGAUAAAGUUACCUGAAUACCAACUUUACGUUGGCUUAUCCUCGGCAAAUAUGGCCACGGAGCCUUCAGUGUCUACCUCACAUAUUGAUCACCUUCUAGCAGAGGUUGAAUCAAGUGAUGGUCUUCUGGGACCAACUUUAAGGGCCGUGUACGAUGGCCAACAUCAGAAGGAGUUCAUGGAAAAGCUUGAAGAAAGAAUUAAGGUUCACGACAAAGACAUUGAACGAAUGUGCAACUAUCAUUACCAGGGCUUCAUUGAGUCAGUCAAUGAAUUACUGAAGGUCCGAGGAGAGGCCAGAAAACUCAAGAUAAAAGUUCAAGACGCCAAUGAAGUUUUGCAAGAUUCUGGCAGCGAGCUUGUAAAGAGAUGUGAAGAGCUAAUUCAAUGCCGUACAGUUCAAAGAAAUAUUUCAUCGGCCAUAGAAAAACUAAGUCUUUGUUUACCAGUACUUGAGAUGCAUGCAAAGCUUAAUGAUCAAAUGAAAAACAGGAGAUAUUAUCCAGCCCUCAAGACGUUAGAACAGCUAGAACAUACCUAUUUACCAAGAAUAAAAAAGUUUAGAUUUGCAGACAUCAUGAAAGAUAGCAUACCACGUUUCAGGGAGAAAAUCAAAGAGGAAUCCAUGUUUGACUUAAGGGAUUUUCUAGAGAAUAUCAGGAAAGACUCGGAAAAACUUGGAUCAAUAGCCAUGAAGCAGGCCUUUCAUCGUAGCAAUCUUACUCUGUCCCAUGGUGUUGGAACCAGGAAGAAAGGAGAUGAUGAGGAAUUAGACCAGUCGGCUUUGGACCUUGUUGAUUUUUCACCUGUGUACCGUUGUCUGCAUAUCUACACUGUUGUGGGUGAACGGGAAUAUUUUGAACACUAUUACAGAAAGCAGAGAAGAAAACAAGCAAGGCUUGUACUACAACCAAACCAUGGCACUAUUGACGAAUCCCUUGCAGCAUAUAGAGCUUACUUUCACCAAAUAGUAGGAUUUUUCGUAGUGGAAGAUACUAUAUUACACACCACAAAGGGUCUUGUCACCAGGUCUACUGUUGAUGACUUGUGGGACAUGGCAGCAUCCAAGAUAGCAGCUGUAAUGAGAACCCAGUCUACAUACUGCAAGGAGACGUCAUUACUGUUACAAGUGAAAGAGCUGAUUGUCUGGUUCUGUUACACACUCUCUGGUUACGGUCUUAACGUUAAUCAGAUUUACGAUGUCCUCAUUGAAAUGAGGAAUCUUUAUAAUGAAACACUAAUGAAAGAAUGGGAAGGAGUUUUGAAGGGAGCAGUACCUAGUAUUCUUAACUUCUCUGAAUGUCCUGUGAAGUUAUACAAAGAGUUCAAAGAAUUCAUUAAUGCUUGCCUAAAGUUUAAUGAGCAUUUAAAUGUGAGUCAAACAGAAAUUGGGGAUUCAGUAAGAAAGUCAACAAAUUUACUUCUGACAAGAACUCUUAAUGGCUGCAUAACAUCAGUCAUCAAGAGAAAAGAUGUUUCCAUCCCACAGCUUGCCCAGCUUUCUGUGAACACAGUACACCUGGAAGCAGCCUGCCUACACCUGGAGGAGUAUGUUGCAGAAGUUACAGGGACUGCAAACGAUGGGGUGAAUGUUGCUAGAGUGUAUGGCCUAUCGACAUUCAAGGACAUAAGGGCAGAGCUGGAACAGCAGAUGUAUGAAAAGCUAAACAUGAAGAUAGAAGAGUUUAUACAAUUAGCAAAUUAUAACUGGGUGCCUUCAGGACCAAGGAAACAGCCCAGCAGUUACAUAGUGGAUUUACUGGCUUAUUUACACAGCACAUUUUUGAAUUUUUCUGUCCUACCUGGUAAUGUAGUACAAACAGCAUGUUUAUCAUCUUGUAAGCAUCUUGCGGGAAGCAUGAGGACUUUAUUAUUAGAUGAUGAAGUAACACAGAUGAAUGAACACGGCAUCAACUGUUUUAAUCAGGACCUUAGACAAUGCGAAGAAUUUGCUAAUUCUAGUCCAGUGGAAGGAAUCAGUGAUGGAACACUACAGAUGACUUUCUUGGAGCUCAGACAGUUGGUGGACUUGCUCCUUAGCUUUGACUGGUCAACAUAUUUGAAAGACCAUGGCUCAACAACAAGCAAGUAUAACAGAGUCAAUCCUCAAAUUGCUGCCAAGCUACUAGAAAAGUUGAUGGAAUCCGAAAAGAAAAGAGGUUUUAGUCUAAAGAAAACUGACCGGGAUAAGAAGAAACUAAAUGAAACAAUAAUCAAAAAGUUGAGGUCAUUGAAUGGUGAUAAUACUGGCAACUCUGUAUUAUGAAAACAUGCCAUAAAUAACAUGAAUUCAAAUCAAAUAAUUCUAAUAAUAGCACGGAGCAAGCUAGUAUUCUGGUGUACGAACUAUGCAUGAGAGGACCAACAAUCCUGGUCAAGAAACAUGAACAAAGAUAUUAGUACAUGCGAAGUAAUGUGGGCAAGAAAAUCCCCACAGUAGUCCCCACAAUAUGAUUUUAUUAUAAGGACAAGAAAACGGCUCCAAAGCACGCAGGAGACUGAAUUCAAAUAUAAUCCACAAUAAAUGUCAUGCCAUGUCAGCUGCUGAAAUUUUCGCAAUGUGCAUUGGACUGGACACCUCAGUAAUCACAGGUCCAGAGUUAGAUUCUUGGUACUAGCUAGAUUAUAAGCAUGUACUGAUUAGCUGCUGGACAUUGAGUCUCUGGGUCACUGGACAACAAACACUCGACGACACUGGACUCUGGACCCGGUACAUCAGCUGGUCUAUAGAUACUAGGUUAACAUCGUCACAGGAAAUAGUACCAUGACAGUUAACGUAUCACGAAAGUCCAUGUCUUGUAACUCAUGCUCUCUGGUUAUCUCUUAAUCCCUUACCGAGUUCUCCUACAAUAUUGUUAAGAAGACUGAGCUAGAGCCGAUGUAGGAGAGUGAGAGUGAACUAACUGUCCAUGAAUGAAUGACAUACAACAUGGACUUAAAACGAGUCGUGGUUUGGCGUGAGUUACGAACAAUUGAACAGUGUAGUUGGCGUCACCUUUUGCUCAUGCUUCUUAAUCAAGACUCGGGGAGCUUAUAUGACUUUCUUUCUUAAUCCAUUCAUUCAAAAGGCUUCUGGGGCAAUGUGUGAGAAAAUACUUGAUAUAGAUUGUACGUCAGUCGUGGCUUGCCUGCUCGCGAACAAAAUGGGAGAAUACAUGAAAGCAAGGAAAAAUGAAAUACAUUACCAUAUAUACUCUUGUGCAUAUAUGUAUUUUUGAAGUA